AUGGGGGAGCAAAGGGGACUGCUGUCGGCAGAAUGGGGGCAGCCCAUUUUGGAAGCUCUUUUGAAGAGCCUCUGGCAGAGCUCCUCGCUCCGGUGGUGCCGGUGCUGGAGCAGCACCGUGUUUUGGCUCCGCCUGGCGCGGGCCCUGGCCCGGCCCCGGCCCCCGAACGAGGCCCCUCCCGCGGCUCCGCCCGCAGCCGCCCCGCAGCCGCCCGGCUCCCGGCCCGCGGCCGGCGGCUUCCCCGGUGCGAGCCCCGCCGCCCGUCAGCUCGGCCGCCGGCCCCGAGCCGCCGGAGCCCGGGGCGGCUCGGGAAGCAGCAGCGCCCGGGGCGGGCGGGUGCCCCGGGCAGAAUGGCGAGGGCGCCGUGCCGUCCGCACGGGCGGAGAAGCCUCCCCUGGAGCAGCUCUAGCGGGAGGGCCCGCUGCUGGGGAGCGGCGGCUGCGGCAGCGUUUACGCCGGGACCCGGCUCGCCGACGGCGCCCCGGUGGCCAUCGGGCGAGUGGCCCGGGAUCGCAUCUGGGAGUGGGCGCGGCUGCACGACGGCGCCCUUGUGCCCUGGAGCUGGUGCUCAAGUGGAUGGUGUCGUGCCCUGGCUUGGGCGGCGUCGUGCGGCUCCUGGACUGGUUCGAGCUGCCCGACGGCUUCGCGCUGGUCAUGGAGCGUCCGGAGCGCUGCCGGGACCUGUGGCACUUGCUGGAGGCGGGCGGGUCCCUGGCAGAGCCCGUGGCGCGGGGGCUGUUCCGCCAGGUGCUGCAGGCCGUGCGGCACUGCACCAGCCGCGGCGUCCUGCACCGCGACAUCAAGGCCGAGAACAUCCUCGUCGACCUGGCCACCGGCGAGGCCAAGCUCAUCUACUUCGGCUGCGGCACCAUCCUCCAGGACACCUUCUACACCUGGAUGGCAGGUGAGCCCAAAGCCAGGGCCCAGCCGUGCAGCAGAGGAACGCAAGAGUACUACCCGCCGGAGUGGAUCCUCUUUGGCUGCUUCCACGGCCAGCCAGCCACUAUCUGGUCCCUGGGCAUCCUGCUCUAUCACCUGGUGUGCGGGCACCUUCCUUUCAGAACUGGAGGGGACAUCGUCCGGGGCCAGCUCUUCUUCCUGCCCCAGGUGUCUCAAGAUUGCCAGCACCUCAUCAGGUGGUGUUUAUCCAUGGACCCUGCAGACAGGCCAUGCCUGGAAGACCUUGUAGAGCAUUCUUGGCUGCAGAAGCCCCACCUGGCCCAGGAGAGAGCAGAGAUCCAUCCCUCUGCACAGCAGGAUCCAGGAGCCCAGCAAGUACCAGCUGCUCGCGUCUCGUGGCGCUCAAAGAAAUCCCCAGAGCGUUUCCCUGCGGCCGCGGCACGGAGCAGAGAGCGCAGCCCAGGAGAUGCUUCCGCGGGUUCCCGCGAGUUGUGGAGGGAGCGGCUCAGGGCUCCCCGUCCUGUUGGAGAAGUCUUGGCACAGUGCGGUGAAGUUCCCCGGAGUGAAAAGGGGAAACAUCCCCCUGCAGCUCAAUGGCAUCGUGGUGUCCCUGCAAGCCGAGGCACAGCUGGCGUGUUCUUGUGGAGCGCGACGCGGAGCCGGAGAACCGUCCUCGAGCUGGCCGCUGGUGGGGCAAAGCCGAUGGGCUUUGGUUUGGCCCCUUCCUGGAGGACACGCUCUGCACCCCGACAAAAUCAAGAUGAGUCCCCAGCUGGCGCAGGGGCGGGGGGAUGCUCGUGCUUCCAGGCACGGCAGGGCUCGGCCUGGCCACGCGCCGCAGGAAGAUUGCACCCGGUGCCUGGACCGGGUGGGGGAGCACCGGCACCGUCCGUGGAGCCCGUCCAGUGCCGGCGCUACCCCGGGGGGCCACGGUGUGCGGGGACAUCCCCUUCAGGAAGGACGAGGGCCUCGUGUGGGAUCAGCUCCUCUCCUGGCAGCAGGUCUCCAGAGGCUACCAGCACCUCAUGCCAUGGAAACAAGCAACGUGAAAAAUUCAGCAGCGGCUCCUGUUGCCAACUGCAGCAGCCCCUUCAAGGACCCUGAGCUUCCACCAAGGUCUGCGUGUGCCUUGCAAAAGGGAGUGCCUUGCAGGGAUGGAGCUGUCAACCCACUGCAAAAGCUGGGAGGAAAUCAGAAGCAGCAAAAUGCCAUUUUGGCUCAAAGGCUGCCCAGAUUCUUCAUGUUUUCCUUCUACUCCAAGAUAGGCAGGCAGGGCUGGACUCCAGCAAGGUUCAAGUUCUUGGUGCUCCCUGGCAUCAAAGGCAUCAAGUAAACUCUUGUAUGCACUGAUUGCAAUAAGGGAACUGAAGGAAAAAAGGAGAUGUCAGAAGGGUCAGGCAGGUGAAGCAGCUGGGCUGGGGCCCCUCGCUGUCUUUUCUCCCCGACAUGGCUCAGCUCACA